AUGGGCAGCAUUUCCCCCUUCGAUAUCCCUUUCGACGAACUUCCCAACCCCAAACAGGUGUGGGUGGGAAAGCCUGGUAGUUAUGAAGAAGGGCUUGGGAAGCUAGCCAUCCUGACCCCCGAGGUGGUGGCUAAGGCCGCUUCGACCGAAAUCAAAACUGGUCGAAGAGUCACGAUGGGAUGGGAUUUAACAAAAUUGAACUAUCCUAACCUAAACCGUCAGCCAUGUCAGCACAAGAUUGUCCCACUUCUGGGCGGAGUGGCCUAUGAUGAUAUCUACACAAUGAAUCCUCAACAAAGUAGUCAGUGGGAUGGACUGCGACACUUCUCUCAAACUGUCCCUGGCCAGACCGAGCGUGUGUUCUACGGCGGCGUGACAGCUGAGGAGAUCAAUGACCGUAGCAACGAUCGGAUUGGUAUGCAACACUGGGCACGGGAAGGUAUUGCAGGUCGCGGGGUCUUGAUUGACUACGCCGCAUGGGCUGAGAAGAAGGGAAUCACGUACAGCACCUUUUCCACUCAUCAGGUGCGACUAUCAGACAUCCUGGAAAUUGCGAAGGAAUGCAACAUCACUUUCCAGAAGGGUGAUAUCCUGUUUGUUCGUGUUGGAGUAACCAGGGAAUGGGACACUGUGAUGACGGAUGAACAAAAGAAGCAGUACUCUGACAACCCGAGCCCAGAACAUGCUGGAGUCGAAGCCACAACAGAUAUGCUCCGGUGGCUUUGGGACUCGGGAUUUGCAGCGAUUGCCAGCGACACUAUUAGCUGGGAGGUCUACCCGCCCCAGUCUGAUGUGUUCCUGCAUGAGUAUGUACUCGCAGGAUGGGGAAUGCCAAUCGGCGAGCUCUUUGACCUCGAAGCAUUGGCAUGCAUCUGCCAGGAUCUUCAACGAUGGAGCUUCUUUGUGGCAUCGGUCCCGUUGAACAUGCCCGGUGGCGUGUCAUCGCCACCGAACAUCAUGGCUCUCUUCUAG